CAAUAGUGCCUUCUUUUAUAUUUUGACUUGAUAAGAAAAACACGUUCGUUAUAUAGUCAAAUAUCAGCAAGCUAAUAUCAUAUUAACUACCAACAUCUAAGAAAAAUGUCUUCUGUGUUCGGGUCGGGAGAGAUAUCAACAUCCGAUGAAUAUCUUCACGAAAUCAUUGGUUUCAUAAGAGUGCACAAAGAUGGCCGCUGCGAAAGAUUAAUUGGAAACAACAAGUUGCCUGCUGGAAUCGAUUCUUCAACCGGAGUCGAGUCAAAAGACGUCGUCAUCUCACCCGAAACCAACCUGUCCGCAAGAAUUUACAUUCCCAAAACCGCCACCCCAAACCAGAAACUCCCGGUUCUGAUUUACUUCCACGGAGGUGGUUUUGUAGUCGAAUCCACCACGAGUCCUAACUACCACCCUACACUCAACCAUCUGACGGCGAAGUCAAACGUGAUUGCCGUUUCCGUUGACUACAGGCUGGCACCGGAGUAUCCUCUUCCAGUCGGGUACAACGACUGUUGGAAAGCGGUCCAGUGGGUCGCUUCCCAUGGGUCAGGACAUGGUCCUGACUCGUGGUUGAAUAAAUUUGCUGAUUUUAGCAAGGUGUUUUUUGCGGGAGAUAGUGCUGGGGCGAAUAUCGCCCAUAACUUGGCAAUCCGGUUCGGGUUAGACCCGAUUGGUGGAAUAAACCUAGAGGGUAUUAUUCUACUCCACCCGCAUUUCGGAGGAAGUGACCCGAUUGGAUCGGAACUUGGGAAAAAUAAGAAGUUGAAAGCGUUUACGGAUCAAUUCUGGAAAGUGGCGACGUCAGGGAGUGGGCUGGAUGACCCGAGGUUUAACCCGGAAAAGGACCCGAAUCUUUCGGGUUUGGGGUGUUCCAAGAUCCUUGUUGUUGUUGCGGAGAAAGAUUGUUUGAGGGACAGGGGUUUGCAUUACAAAGAGUUGAUGGAGAAAAGUGGAUGGGCUGGAAAAGUGGAGAUGUUGGAAUCAAAAGAUGAGGACCAUGUUUUCUUUUGGUUCGAUCAUGUUUCUGAAAAUGCUUGUACCUUUUUCAAUACAAUCUCUACCUUCAUCAACCACGGUAAUUGAUUACGGGUGAUCUGCCUACAUUCAGCAUUUCAGCCUCGUGGUUGAUCCAUGUCUUUUGUAUUCAACAUAUGUGAUUUGUAGUUUUAUUUGUCAGUGACAUCUAAAAUAAAACCGAGUUUAAGAUACUUAAUCUAA